GAAAUAGAAUCACCCAUGUGUGAGGGGUUUAAUUUCCGAGGUUUCCGCUGGAUGAAAACAAUGAUCCACACCAUCAAGGAGAUUAAUGAGAGGAAGGAUAUUUUGCCUAAUCACACUCUGGGCUACCAGAUAUUUGACAACUGUUUCUCCACCACCAAAGCAAUGGAGUCAUGUUCUGUGUUUCUAACAGGGCAGGAAGAAUACAAGCCUAACUGGAGGAACAGCACUGGAAAAUAUCUAGUUGGAGUUAUUGGAGCAGGAGGAUCAACUAUGUCAGUUGCUGCUUCAAGAAUUCUAGGGCAUUAUGUAGUACCUCAGGUGGGAUAUGCUUCUUCCUCCUCAAUUUUUAGUAACAAAGUUCAAUUUACACAUACUCUUCGCACUAUACCUAGUGAUAAGUUCCAGUCUGAGGCCAUUGUGAAUCUGAUUAGACACUUUGGUUGGAUACCAGGAUUAAAAGAAUUUCUUUAUGAUGUACACCCUAGCAAGGAUCCAAAUGAUGUCUUGACUAUUGAAUUCUGGCAAACAGCUUUUAACUGUACCUGGCCCAACAGUAGUGUGCCUUACAAUGUAGACCAUAGAGUGAAUAUGACUGGUAAAGAAGACAGAUUGUAUGACAUGUCUGAUCAGCUCUGCACUGGAGAGGAGAAGCUGGAGGAUCUGAAAAAUACUUAUCUGGAUACAUCUCAGCUAAGAAUCACAAAUAAUGUCAGACAAGCUGUAUAUCUUUUGGCUCAUGCGAUAGAUCGUUUUAGCCAAGACAACGUAACAGAAAAACACAGGGAAAAUAAAGUACAUCAAAAUAUAACUAAUUUUGAGUCCUUGAAGCUAUGGAAAUACAUUACAGGAAUAAAAUUUAUUACCCAUGAUGAAACCGAAAUAGAACUUGAUUACAAUGGAGAUGUGAAAAGUGGAUAUUAUGAUAUCCUCAAUUGGCACAUGGAUAACACUGGAGAAAUCAUCUUUGUCAAAGUUGGAGAAUACAAAUUCACAAGAUCAAAAUAUGAAUUUGUUCUUCCAAAGAACUCAAAGUUUUUUUGGAACACUGAAUCUUCAAGGCUUCCAGAUUCAGUCUGCACAAAAGUGUGUCCUCCAGGGACCCGGAAAGUUAUUCGCCAGGGACAACCCAUAUGUUGCUUUGAUUGCAUUCCAUGUGAGGAUGGAUAUGUGUCAGAGAAACCAGGCCAAAGGCUAUGUCAUCCAUGUGGUGAAAAUGACUGGUCCAAUGCAGAGAAGAACAAGUGUGUGCCAAAACUUGUGGAAUUCCUCGCUUAUGAGGAGGCCCUGGGAUUCACCCUCAUUAUCCUUUCCAUCUUUGGGGCACUUGUGGUCUUGGCAGUCACUGUUGUUUAUAUAAUCCACAGGCAGACUCCUUUAGUGAAAGCCAAUGACAGGGAGCUAAGCUUCCUCAUUCAGAUGUCUCUGGUUAUCAUAGUGCUGUCAACUAUGCUGUUCAUAGGCAAGCCAUGCAACUGGUCCUGCAUGGCCCGUCAUAUCACUCUGGCACUGGGCUUUUGCCUUUGUCUGUCUUCCAUUCUUGGAAAGACUAUUUCACUCUCUUUUGCCUACAGAAUUUCCAUCUCCAAGACCCGUCUUAUCUCUAUGCAUCCUGUUUUUCGAAAAUUAAUUGUACUGACCUGUGUUGUAGGAAUGAUUGGUGUAUGUGCAGCAUAUUUGGUAUUGGAGCCUCCAAGCAUGUUGAAGAACAUUGAAAUUCAAAAUGUAAAAAUUAUCUUUGAAUGCAAUGAAGGUUCUAUAGAGUUCCUGUGUUCCAUAUUUGGGUUUGAUGUUCUUCUGGCUCUGCUGUGUUUCCUUACAACCUUUGUGGCUCGCAAGCUGCCAGAUAACUACUAUGAAGGGAAAUGCAUCACUUUUGGGAUGCUGGUCUUUUUCAUUGUCUGGAUCUCUUUUGUCCCUGCUUACUUGAGCACCAAAGGCAAAUUCAAAGUGGCUGUGGAAAUAUUUGCCAUUUUGGCAUCCAGCUAUGGCUUGUUAGGAUGUCUAUUUCUUCCGAAGUGCUUCAUUAUCUUGCUGAGGCCAAAGAGGAACACUGAUGAAACUGUUGGUGGAAGAGUUCCCACUGUUGACAGGAGCAUCCAGCUGACCUCUGCUUCUGUGAGCAGUGAGCUUAAAAACACCACAUUGUCCACUGUUCUGAAUGAGUAG